UUCCUGUGACAUCAUACGGGUAGAUUGUAAUAUACCUGCAGCAGGUGUGAGCUAUCAGAAUCCCUCUCGGAGCUGUAUCGAACAGGUUAAGCUGCUGGAAAAACCAAAUUGGAGGCAGUUAUGGCAGCUGGAAAGGGAAGCCCGGCUCUCAUGGGCAUUUUGAUUUUUGGAAAUGUGAUUAUUGCGCUUUGUGGCAUAACACUGUUUGCUGUAACGAUAUGGGUAACCGCCGAUGGAUACGAGCUGUAUCCUAUCAUGGCUGUAUCCGGAAAGGAUGACGUCUUCGCUGGAGCUUGGAUUGCCAUUUUCACUGGAUUUGCCUUCUUCUGCACAGCAAUCUAUGGGAUUUUUGCUGUCCUUAAGGAAAGCCGCAGCAUGAUGUUACUGUAUCUGAUAUUGAUGGUGAUCAUCUACAUCUUCGAGAGUGCCUCUGCUAUCACUUCGUACACCCACAGAGAUUAUCUGGUCGCCAACAGCGACUUCGUUAAGAAGCAAAUGCUGCAGUAUUACGCGGAUAACAGCGAACCUGGCCGUCGAAUCACCACUGUGUGGAAUCGAGUCAUGCUUGAUCUUAAUUGCUGUGGUACGGAUAGUGCUCUUGACUGGGUUGAUUAUACCUCAACCUUCAGGAACCAAUUCCCAGUGGAGGACUACCCCUGGCCUCUGAACUGCUGUAAACGCAAGGCAAAUUAUGAAGUGGUCAACCUGGAUGCCUGCAAGAUUGGAAACCUGGACUUUAUGAAUGGAAACGGUUGCUUUUCCCACAUCGAAUCAGUCUUUUCUAGGUAUGCCUGGGCUGUUUCCUGGUUUGGAUUUGCUAUCCUCAUGUUUACGGCUCUGGUGAUGCUGUUGGCUAUGGUGUACUAUGUCAAGCUCAGAUAAUGAUCUCCACCUUUCCAUUCCAGUCCAAGAUUUUGUAAAUAAACAGCAAGAACAGCCUUUUUUUUGCAUGAUUUUUAAUUACUCGAAGGAUCCAGAUUAUGUUAUCCAGGAAUGUAUUCCCUCAAACAUUAAGAUAAUAAUUUAGUGCCAUUUCUGGAAGUUACUGCAAGGCUGACAUCUUCCCCCUUCCUCAUUUCCACCAUUUUUGUUUUCUUCUUGUGUUUAAAAGCAAGUCUGUAUAAGUAUUCACACACAAACCCCUCACCAUGCAGAAUAACAGUUACAAACUGCUGUCAGGCAAGACACAAAAUGUUGGAUUAUGCAUUAAUUUUUGGAUUGCAGAUAUGAGAUUAAAGACCAAAGGGGUGUCUAAUUUUAAAUGUUGCAAAGUUUAUACACCAUGACUUAGUGUUUUCUUACUGUACAGGUUUUAAAAGAUCACCAAUUGAAUUGAAUCUUGGUGCAAUUUAGCCCCCUUUCACUAGCUGCUGGUUUCACAAACCCUGGUUUAACUCUUGCACUGAUGUUAAUUUAGGUAUGCUAGUCCAAGACUAGCACUAAUCGGGGUCUGUGAAACAAGCAGUUUUUAAAUCUGCAGUUUUAAAGUAUGCUUUACAAACUGAAUUUACAUAAUCAGAGCUACAGAAGAGAUUAGGCUGUUGCCUUUUUUUUUCUUUUGUGAAAGCACAUCAAAUCACGUAACCAGUUUUGGUGAAAAUAUUGUGCUGUCUAAUCCUAACACUGCAAAAUGUGCUUAAUGUUAAUUCGACACUUCACAACAUCACGAGACGGAGAGUAAUAUUUGUUUAUUCAGUGAAAUCCAAUGUUGUAACUUUGCGUGUGGCAUCGUGCUCUCUGAAUUCAUGCAAACCAAAACUACUGUACUACUUUUGUUUGUUUCUAUAUUGUAAUUACAUGCUGUAAUACACUAAUAAAAGUGAUUGAGACAUAA